CGUCUUCAGUCAACCGCUUUCCGUCGGUCGUCACGCGCGUCUUCCCGUUUCGUCGUUUUUGUCUUUUUUUGCAUUUUAUCCGUAUUUGCCGCAUUCGUUAAGUGCGUUGUGCGUUUUCCUCGGACGUUGCGGUAUGAAGUGAACCGUAUAUUAAACUAUUGCCGUCCAAACCGUCUUCGUGCCGGAUCCAAAAAAAUGCUGGGAGUUUUCAAAAAACGCUGGAAGCCCAAAAACAGGGUUACGAAAAGUGAAAACAGCGAUGAUCUGAUGUUAAGUUGUGGCAACGAAUACUCUGAACCAAUCAAUGCUUACGUACUUCCGGACUCUCAUAUCAACAAAUUAUGUUCAGCCAGACAAAUGUUUCCGGUGUGUGAUAACAACUCAGAUUAUUCAGUAACAUACGAAACACUAAAGCCAGUGUUAGUAUCGUCAGAUACAGCAUCUGUAGGCUAUGGAAAGUUGGAAACUGUGCCGCUACCUAUUGGUGGAGCUUCGGGAAAGAAAAUGGCGACCAUCAACGGUGGAAAUACAACUACCCCUAAUAUUUGUAUCGAGGGUGGCCGCAUUGAGUUCGUAAAAUCUCCAAUAGAUUGCGGCGAUGAAAAACAGGACUACCUAAAGGAGUAUAUGGAAGCGAAAAUCGUGCAAUUGGAAUCUGAGUUAGUCGCGGAACGGCGAAUUACGCAAAGGGAGAGGACGCUAAACUCCAAGCUGCAAAAACAAUUAGCUCGGCGUGAGUGGCUGCAGAGGGAUGUGGACAGAGAGAGAAGGCUGCGCUUGGACACGGAAGCGAGACUCAAGGGUUCCAGUUCUGAGGCAGACAGAUGCCGUGUCAAGCUGUCGACUUUACAAAAAGACUUCACCAAAAUGGAAGAAACCGUACGAUCUUUGCUUCAAUACAAAUCCAAAUUUGAGCAACUAAAACAAGAUCGACACUCAGUGGCCAACUCCUAUGAAAAUCAAAUCUUACAACUCCAAAACGCAAUCACUAAACUCAAGAUUGAAAACGAAACGUUGAAAAAGCAGAUAGACACUCUCGAAGCAACGGGCAUCAGCCAAGUGCAAAAAGCAUUAGUCGAACGGCUCCGGAUAUUGGAACACGAAAAAAGUCGCAUCGAACGUGAGGGUGAACAACAGCGCAAACAGUACGAGAGGUGUUUGGACGACGUGGCCAAACAGGUGGUAAAAGCAGUACUGUCACAAAAGGGCCUGCGGGAAGAGAUAUCCUCACUCCAACACCGCGUCAAAGAGCUUGAGACCGGUAACUGUGCGCUAUCCGCGCUUCUGGUGCAACGACUACAGGGCCAGAAAAUAAACUAUUCACCUACCACAAUGCCGGUGGCUGAGAACCGGUCGGUUAUGUUUGACAUGCACCGGUCGCCGUCCGUGAAAAUGGCUAUCGAGCGACCGGCAAGCUGCGAUCUCACUAAAGGUCUGAAGAGGUUAAAAAAUGACGGAUGGCAAGCAGCCGUAUCAUACCACAGACCUCAGUCGUUGAAUCUAGAAAUUUGUUGCUCGCACAACGCUGAAGAGACAGCGAAAUGUGACAGAGUGCUCGGUGACGAAACACCUGAGAGUGGUAACCGAGACGAAGGGUAUUCGACCAUGUCGAGCGACGUGCAAGGCACAACCGAACCGCCGUCCACCAAAGGUUUGGAAGACGUGAAGGAAGCCAACGAGAACGAAUCAAACGCGCUCAUGGAAUCAUCGCCGUGUUCCAGGGUGAUGAAUAGCGAGGACACAGACGUGAUAUUUGUGCCGCUCAGCCUGUCGUUCAGCUUCAUCAACCCGCGUCACAGCUACCCACCGUUACGAUGUGUUCCGGCGGUGCAGAACAUCAUGCGAAGCUACUCGGACUCGCAUCUUUUCCUGAAGCUGGCCGCGGCCACGGGCGGUUUUGCCGAGGACGAGGAUAGGACAUCGUGGUACAGUGGCGGCGAACUGUGGGACAUGGACUAUGUGCAGCACUGGCUCCGGUUGGACGAGACGCGCACCGCCAUCCAACAGCGGAUGGAGUACGACGCGGCCGAGCUGGAAGACUGGAGCAUGGACGACGGCACGGGGACGUCGAACGGCUGGAAACGGAUGUCGGCGGUAGACGGAAAGCUGCAGCAGUCGUUGCCGUGCAUCGAGGAAGACGACGCGACCGGUUCGUCGUCGACGUCCGGCGGCCGCAAAGGUGACCUGCUGCAGGACAUGGGAUCGACCAGAGACAUGUCGUGGUACCACUUCCAACAACACCACCACCACCAUCGCCAACAACAAAGCCACCAACAGCACUCCUACGUGCAGCAGGGUCAGAAUCAGGUGCACAAUCCCCAUCAGCACGACUGUCAGCAACAGCUGCAUCACCAUCACCACCACCACAACCUGCACCAAAACCAACAACAACACCAACAGCUGUCGUACGGUUCGGGUUCGCCAGGUGGCGACUCGUGGUCGAGCGCGGACGAGUACGCGGUAGCCGAUACGCCGACGUCCAAGAGGUCAUCGGUCAGCUGUUCUGCGGACAGCAUCGAACUGCUACCGCCACCUGGCCCGAUCGCCGGCACCGACUUCACUCGUGACUUUUACCGACUGGUCAAGUUCGAGAGCUCCAAAAGCCUGGCUUCCACCUCUUCACGAAGCGUGACGGGCGGAGGAUGCGAUCACCGGACGCCGCCGGUGAUCGAGGCGCAGUUGGAUCGCGACCAAGCGCUACAAAGCGUGCUGGACUUUAUCGCCGAACAACAGCAGUAUUGCUUGUCCCGACAAGCCGAAGACAAACGAGAACCACCGCGAGCUCCGUCGCCCGAGGAAUCUCGUCAUUCCGAUCGAUCCGUGACCGAUACGAGGCCUCAGACACCACCGCCGCUACCGACGCUACCGACAUCAAAUCCAACGCCACCGUCCGCGUUGCCGGCGGUGCAUCAGACGUAUGACAGUAACAGCUGCAGCGACAACCUGCUCAACUCCAAGGAUAGCGGACUGUGUGGCAGCGACGUUGAGAUCGAAUGCCUGCCCGAGGACUGCAGUUACGUGGCUGACCAAUCGCCCACGGCCGCGUCCACGCCACUGUCCACGCUGCUCAGGACCGUGGUGGAAGAAGACGAAGAAGCAUCGGCCAAGUCGACGUCCCCGCAACCGCCGUCAUCGUCUGCCGGUGCCGGUGGUUCGAGUAGCGGUUGCACGGCCGACACCACGGUGUGCAUGGUUCCCGCGUGGGCGGCUGCCUCGUCCAAGGAUCUGAUCGACCAAUUGAACUGGAUGGACGGUUGUGGUGAAGCCCACCCCCUUUUCAGCACGUCUCCCGAGGAUGAUGUGGUUCUACGUCGCUCUCCGUCGUCGUCACCUGACCUGGACGAGGCGUGUUGUUGUCCCACCGGAUGGGUGCACGUCGAACGAGACAUAGACUUCGCCGAUCCUAAGGAACGAGCAAACCUGUUAGACGUUAUGUUGGCAGCCAGUAGAAGUUCUUCUAGCAGCACUAGCACCGCAUCGACGGGUGAAGACGACGACGAAAGCUGCAGCAGUGGCGUCAGUGGCGGAAGCUGUAGUGGCAGAGCUGGCGGCAGUGGCUGCAACGACACGACCGACGAUAGUAGUGACGACGAGUGUGACCCAAACGACGACGACACCGCUCGUCAAGUCGACAGACGGCGGACUGCCGAGGCCAGAAUCGAAGCAUCAAACGAGGAAUCGUACAACCGUCUGCAUAGGCUACACCGGGUGCGCAGACAGAAAAAAGCGUCGGCCAUCCGCGACGGGUUCGGCGUGCUCCGGUGCCCGGCGGCGGGACUCCGACAGUCGAUCGUCGGCCGCAGCGACUUCUUCGUGCGGUUCGGCGACAAGGAGCGGGAGGCCAUCUCCAACUUCGACUUCCUGGACGACCUGUCCACCACGUCGCUGAGCACCGACUCGNGCGACCGCCCGCCGUCGCCGCGCCGGCCGUCUGCGCGUCCACGCCGGGACCGCGUCCACCUCGCGCCGCCGCUGCCGCCUGCACGCCGAAGCCGCCCCGACUGGCCGUAG